GCCACUGACGGCCGCCCCAGCGCGCACGCCCCGCGCUCCCAACAUGGCGCUGGCGGCAGGGCGCGCGCCGCAAUGGAACCGAGUACGAAGAUUUGUGAAAUGGGCCUCAACAGUAGGAGGUCACAGCAUAGGGAAGAUUCUUAUUGCAAACCGAGGAGAAAUUGCGUGCAGAGUGAUGCGAACAGCAAAGAAAAUGGGUGUGAAGUCCGUAGCAGUUUAUAGUGAAGCAGACAGAAAUUCCAUGCACGUAGCAAUGGCAGAUGAAGCAUAUUGCAUUGGUCCAGCACCCUCACAGCAGAGUUACUUGGCCAUGGAGAAAAUCAUGCAGGUGGCCAAGGUCUCAGCAGCACAGGCUAUUCAUCCAGGUUAUGGUUUCCUCUCAGAAAACACAGAGUUUGCAGAGUUGUGCAAGCAAGAGGGAAUCAUCUUCAUAGGUCCACCUUCAUCUGCUAUCAGAGAUAUGGGUAUUAAGAGCACUUCCAAAGCUAUAAUGUCUGCUGCUGGCGUUCCUGUUGUUGAAGGUUAUCAUGGAGAAGAUCAAUCAGAUGAGUGUCUAAAGGAACAUGCAAAGAGAAUAGGAUAUCCAGUGAUGAUUAAAGCUGUUCGUGGAGGUGGAGGAAAGGGCAUGAGAAUCGCUCACUCAGAACAGGAGUUUCUGGACCAGCUAGAAUCAGCUAGGAGAGAAGCAAAGAAGUCUUUCAAUGAUGAUGCAAUGCUGAUAGAGAAAUUUGUAGAUAAUCCAAGGCAUGUUGAAGUCCAAGUAUUUGGUGACCAGCAUGGCAAUGCAGUCUAUUUGUUUGAAAGAGACUGCAGUGUACAGAGACGACAUCAGAAGAUCAUUGAAGAGGCACCAGGGCCAGGAAUUAAUCCUGAAGUUCGAAAGAGGCUUGGAGAAGCUGCUGUCAAAGCAGCUAAAGCAGUGAAUUAUGUGGGAGCAGGAACAGUGGAAUUUAUUAUGGACUCCCAACAUAAUUUUUACUUCAUGGAGAUGAAUACCAGACUGCAAGUAGAGCACCCAGUUACAGAGAUGAUAACUGGAACAGACUUGGUGGAAUGGCAGCUUAGGGUUGCAGCAGGAGAGAAGAUUCCCCUAAUGCAGGAAGAGAUUCUGCUCCGAGGCCAUGCAUUUGAAGCCAGAAUAUAUGCUGAAGACCCUAAUAAUAACUUUAUGCCAGGGGCUGGGCCAUUGUUGCACUUAUCCACCCCACCACCUGAUAGUUUUACCAGGAUAGAAACUGGAGUCAGACAAGGUGAUGAAGUUUCUGUUCAUUAUGAUCCAAUGAUUGCAAAGCUAGUUGUUUGGGCUGAGGAUCGUCAGGCAGCACUGAGAAAGCUGCGGUACAGCUUGCGUCAAUAUAAUAUUGUAGGAUUAAGCACUAAUAUUGAUUUCUUACUGAGCCUGUCAGGACACCCACAGUUUGAGGCCGGGAAUGUGCACACUAAUUUCAUUCCUCAACACCAUGAUGAACUUUUUCCAACAAAACAGGCAACCCCACAUGAAGUUAUGUGUCAGGCAGCUCUUGGACUCAUACUGAAAGAAAAAGUGCUAACAGAUGCUUUUAGAGAUCAGUCAGAUGAUAAAUUCUCACCAUUUGGAUCCAGCACUGGUAGAAGAAUAAAUAUAUGUUACACUAGAACACUGUCUCUUCUGGAUGGGGAAAACAUUGUAGAUGUGGCUGUAAGUUACAAUCAAGAAGGAUCAUACAACAUGCAGAUUCAAGAUAAAACAUUCCUGAUUUCUGGAGAGAUCCUUAAUGAAGGUGAUUCAGUUUACUUGAGGUCUUCAGUCAAUGGAACAGUCUGUAAGUCCAAAUUGGUCAUGUUGGACAACACCAUUUACCUCUUCUUUCCGGAAGGUAGCGCUCAGAUUGGCCUUCCUGUACCCAAGUACUUAUCUGCAGUGAGUUCAGCAGGAACACAGAGUGGUGCUGUAGCACCCAUGACGGGCACAGUUGAAAAGGUGUUUGUGAAAGCAGGGGAUAAGGUUCAGGUUGGAGACCCUCUUAUGGUUAUGAUAGCUAUGAAAAUGGAGCACACCAUAAGGGCUCCAAAGGCAGGAGUGAUAAAAAAGGUUAAUUUCCAAGAAGGCACCCAGGCCAACAGACACGCUCCACUCGUUGAAUUCGUGGAUGAAGAAGCCGAGUCAAAAUAAAAUUCAAGGAAAGUGCAUUUUAUAUUUUCUACUUUGGUGAUUUUCUCUAAGGAGAAGAUUUUCUUCACAUUUUCAGCAAACUGGUUUGUAUGAUAUAUUGGGGAAUUGGUUUCCUCUGCACUUCCUGCAUAGUUUGACUGUAAAUUAUGCUGACUUUAUUGAAAUUUGAAUAUCACUAUACUGUAAUCAUAUAUAUAACUCUUAGAUCUAUGUGGUUGUUGUUCAAUGGUUAUGUUUGCCUGUGUAAUGCCAUUAUACUGAAAAAAAAUGUGGAACUCUAAAGAAUGGGAGAGGUUAGUAAAGGCCGUAAGUUACAGAUAGCUAGGGUUCUUCUGCCUGCUUUUUCAUUUACUGCUGCCUUUUCUUCCCUGAGAUGAGAGCAUUGUUUUGAAGGAAAUCUGAAAGGUGACAAUUCUCUUAUGAAUUCAUUUAUGUGGCAAAAUUCCUAUUUGUGGCUUAUGUUUUUGCCUGAAUAGGGAGUUUGGGUUUGUUUCUUAGCCCAGGAGAUCCCUCUCAGUCAUUUUAGUGCAUUUUUUUUUCUCAUUUAUUUAUUAUUUUCUCAUUCUUACAAUGAGUACUGAAAAUUUGCAUUUUAAAAAUUAUUUUAACAUACUUUGAAAUAUCCGAUAUGAAGCAUUUUAAAAAUACAUAUGAGCAUUUGCUAUAUGAAUCAAAGCUGGAACGUAACUAGUUUCCAAAAAUAGCAUUUGAUCUUCACACAUGGAGCAAGAGCACAGAAAGAUAAGUGUAUUUAAUACUUAGAAGGAGUGCCAAAGUAAAAUACUGACCUCAAAAUCCUCAUUACUUUUCCCAUAUUGUUCACAUUUUAAUAUAUUACUUGUUGGCUGGAAUGAAGUAUGCCAAACUCUUCAUAACAACAUGAAAUAUGGCUAAGAAUAAUAACCAUAUUUUUUUAUAUCUGCAGCGUUGCAGAAGGGAAAAUUGAUAGUGUUUUUGAUAUGCAAAGAAAAUAUUUCUCAGACAUGGCAUACUGAUCAUUUGCCAUAAAUUUAUUGAACUUGUUUAAAAAGCACCUUAGAUAAACAGGAAAAGGGAAAGGAUGAUACCAUUUUAAUUGUAGUGAACUUGCAAAAUAUUUUGCUUUAACCUUUUAGUUAAAGUGAAGUUCUGCUUGUCAUCUGAACUUUUGAUAUACUAGUUUAUAGAAGGCAGCAUGGUUUAUACUGUAGAAAGGAACACACACACAUGUUGCAGUGAACCCAAAUUUAUAGUUACAUCUGUGCAAAUGGAUCCUUAUACUUACCUGAAAUCUCAUCUCUGAAUCAAUAUACGAGGUUGGGGGCAUUCUCUGAUCUGAUUCCAUACCUGUGCAGCCUUGCCUGCAAUGCAGACAAAAAUUGUAAAAAGCAAUGGCUCUGGAUGGUCUGUGUAUUAAAAGCAGACAGUAAUACUUUUUAAUUUUCCUCGUAAUCCGAGUGCCACGUAAUGAAAAAUUACACUCCAGCGAUCAUCUUAUAGAAUAUUGCCACAGUGGUCUUUAAUUACUGCCAAAUAAAAAUUAAGCUCAACUUUGAAUAUUUGUUUUCAGUUUUCUCCAUUUUGUUGUUUCCCUGGUUGCUUGUGUUGCUCGAUUAGAGGGUUUUAAGCAGCUGUUUGUGUAUCAUCAUCUGAUACCUGACAGGCCACAGUAUCCAGAUCACAUUUAGGAGGCAGUAAGCCAAACAAUUGUAAUGGGUUUCACUGCAGGUAAGUUUAGUGACCCAUUUUAUCUAAAAAUUGAAUCUACGUAAAGAAGCAUGAACUCAAGCUGAAGAGACACUGCAGCUUGGCAUUUUUUUCUUUCUACGUGACGUUGCUGUGUUUCUACACCUACUUUGCUGUGUUGAAUCUGUAGCAAAACAUCAAAACUUGCAGCAUGAAGUUCUGUGUCCACUAAGUCUGCACUGUUCCAGCCAGGGAAACGUGAGCAUGUUCCUUGGAAGCUGACAAAAUAUCUCCCUUAGGAAUGAAGGGAGACAAAUAAUUUUACCACCUUUAAUUUUUUUCUCACUUUUGAAAAUCAGUUGUUAGGUUUUAUGGUCUGUAGGUUUCCACUGAGACUGAUUUUUCUAGUGAUGGUUUUGUUUAUGUCAGAAUAAAAUCUCUUGCAGGUGUCACUGUCAGAAUUUGCACACCUGAAAUGUUUUGCUGCACUGUGCUUUAAUUGAACUUUGAGAUGUGCAAAGAAUUACUAAAGGUAGGCUCCUCCUGUGACCCAGAAUUUUAAUUCAUGAAAUAUUCAGAAAUUUUCUGUUUAGUACCAAGAAAUUUCUGUGUUAUAAAUGUGAAUUGAUAAGCGCCAUAUAACAGUAACAUGGUUGUAACUAAACUGUUGCGUGUAGAAUACUUGGUGGUAGAGUGAGAAAGAAAAAAAAAAAGGUUAAUUGUUUAAAAUGCAGUAUUUCAGUAUUCAAGCUAAAAGGAUAAUCUCUGCCAGUGGUUUGUUAUCCAUAUACCUUUUCAAAUAGCGCUGUAGUUCUGAUACAAGAGUCAUAGAUAUUAUAGAAACAAUUAAUCUGAACUGUUUCUAACUGUAAUGAUCUACUUUGCUGACAGAGUAGAAAGAGAACUGGGUCACAGGAUGUAUAGUUCAGCUGCAGCUGGUAGCCUACAGGAGAGAACGAGGGUGUUUGUGUUCAGGCUGUGGCUUCUGUGAGACAGGAUCAAAGUGUAACAGUCUCAGUGAGCUUGUUGGUCAGCUUGUUAUACCAGGUGUGUAACAUCCCACUCCGUAGUGUGUGUUACAUACCAAAAUGACAGCUCUUUGUGAACUUUAGUUAUCCACCUGUGGGGAUCUGUGUCUCUCUUGCACUCCUCAGCUGCUCGCAGUUUCACUAGGUAUAAGCAAUUGUAGAUCUCUGGUAUGGAGCCUGAAUUCAUGCUGAAUCAGUGAUGAGGACAUGGGGAGUAGAAAGCAGGAAAGCAGGACUGUUUUCAUUUCAGCCACUGACUCGCUGUGACUUCAAGCAAGUUGCUUAGUAGAUAUUUGCCUGUUUCCCCCUAUUUAGUGGAGUUGAUAGUAAGCAAAACACUGUAGAGUUGUCGAUGUGGUGAUUUAUAAAUAAUUCAUUUCCAUGCUUGCUGGUAAUAUUGUAAUAUCAGAUGUAGACUUUAUUUUUACCUGCAAGGCUAUUUUUUUACCCUUUUUACAAUAAAAAUCUAUACCAUUGAAUUGUGAAAAUAGUUUCCAAUGUGUAUUACUGACUCCUUUGUUGGAACAGUUGUAACUACCUGGUUACUAGGAAAUCCUAGCAUCUUGAUUAAAAAAUGAAUACUGAUGUGUUUUGGCAGGACAUUUUAAAACUUAAGUCAUGGUAGGGAAAAAACAGCAACGUUGAUCUGAGCACACUUCUGUCUUACUACAACAACUUGUACCUCUUCUAAAGGGCAUAUCAACCCCUUACCACAGAUAUAUUCAUUUCUGUUGAUUAUUCUUCUGUUCAGUCAGGUCAGGAAUUAUUUGACUGUUCCAUCUGUUCUGGUAGUAAAAAGAUCAGCAAUACAAAUGUGCUUCCUGAACAGUCAAUGGCAGUGGAUUAAGGUCCAAACUUACAGCUUUUAUACAAGGUAUGUUCUCAACAGAUACUUUGACUGCUUGUAUGGUUCUGUUGAAAAUGAUUUUUAUGCUGUUCACAGGUAUCAUUUAGUAUCUUUACUGUACUGGGGCAUAGCCUUCUGCAUAAGGAUGCUAUUUGGAAAGUGAUCUACACUACUGAGUGUCUUAUUAAAAAAUCAAUAUUGCAGAAACUCAUAACUGAAAACCUUGUAUUUAUUUUUAUGCAGGCUGAUUGUAUUUCUUGAAAGAAAAGAGCCUGGGCUCUAAAAGUAAUGGAAUAUCUUUUGAGACGCUUUAUGUAAGCUUAAAAUCUGAUGAUUAUAUGAUGAAUCCACAUGAAAAUAAACACGGGUGUUCUGAU